ACUUUAGCGACGUGGCUUAUUUGUCUUCGUGAAUUUUUUUGGGUUUGAGACGCAAAAAUAGUUGAAAGAAACUGAAUUAUGGUUGAAACUUGGAACAUUCACAAAUUUCUCAUAUGCGUUUUUCAGUUGCAUACGGAAAAGAGUGUGUGUUAGAUUUGGGAUUCAGUAACCACAAGAUGAAUCUGAAUGUUCUAAGACAGAGGGCGAAGCUAUAUGUGAGAAGAGGGUACACAUUCUCCACUUUAGCUUCCGCUGUGAGAUGGGAAGGAGGCGUUUCAAUGGUUCAAGGAGCUUCCAGGGGCAUUGGCUUGGAGUUUGUUAGACAAUUGUUAGAGAAAAAAGACAAAGGCUACAUUGUUGCAACAUGUCGUAAUCCUAGUGGAGCAACAGGGCUUCUGGAAUUGAAGAAUAAGUUUCCUGAGCGCCUUGACAUUCACCCGUUAGAUCUGACAGUUGAAAGCACUAUCGAGGACUCAGCCAAAUCGAUCAAAGACAAAUAUGGCUCAGUAAACCUUUUAAUUAAUGCAUCUGGUGUUCUUUCAAUACCCAAUGUUCUGCAGCCAGAAACAACACUGAGUAAGGUGCAGAGGUCAUCCUUGCUUCUUGCUUAUGAUAUCAACGCUGUUGGUCCCAUUUUGGUCAUCAAGCACAUGUGGCCUUUGCUGAAAGCUGGAGGUGGCUCUGGAACUGACAAGGAUUUUGCUAUUGUUGCCAACUUAAGCGCAAGGGUGGGAUCGAUAGGAGACAAUGCUUUGGGAGGGUGGCACUCCUAUCGUGCAUCUAAGACUGCACUAAAUCAGUUAACAAAGAAUGUGUCGGUGGAAUUUGCACGUAAGAAGGAUCCAAUUAUAUGCAUUUUGCUGCACCCAGGCACGGUAGACACUGAUCUCUCUCAACCAUUUCAAAGAAAUGUUCCAAAUGAAAAGCUUUUCACCAAAGAGUUCUCUGUUCAGAAGCUCCUGAGCAUCAUGAACAACACAAAGAGAUGUGAUAAUGGGAAGUUCUUUGCCUGGGAUGGUCAAGAAAUUCCUUGGUGAUUUCCCCCUGAAAUCCAUACAUGACGACUGGAUGGUUUUGAUUGAUUCCUCCGGGAUGAUAUUCUUGAUUUCUUCUUGUUGAGCUUAUUUUCUAGUUAACUUUGUAUGUCCUUGUAUGGAUAUGCGGCACUUGUUAUAAGUUGAGUGAACAUAUAUUGAAACUAGUUUCAGGGAA